GUCACUCAAGUAAACUGCAGCAUUAUAUAUAUGCUACUCGAGAAUUAGACUUUGGAAUUGAUAUUCCUGAUAAAAAAAUGAUUCCUAUGGGUCCAGUUUUUGUAAGACAGCCCGAAGAUACUAUAUUUGAUAUAACUAAAAAAAAUAUAUCGGGUGGUGUAACUUUGAGCUGUUUAGCAGUUGGUUAUCCCACCCCAACCUACGAAUGGUUUAAGCAGGAAUUUGUUAAUGAUAAUUUAACAUCAUAUAAAAUUGAACCUCUCUUAAAUAACAAGUACACAGUCAGUGGUGGGAAUUUAAUUAUACAUGAACCAAAAAAAUUAACCGACAGAGGAAACUAUCAUUGCAAGGCCUCAAAUAAAUUUGGGUCCAUAUUAUCGAACACUGUUGAAUUAUCAUUUGGUUAUAUUUUGGAGUUUAAUUUGAAAAGACAAGGUGAACGAGGAGAUGCAAAUUUUGGCAAAGCAUUAUAUUGUGAUCCUCCACAGCAUUAUCCAGGUGUCAAAUAUUAUUGGGCAAGAGAUUAUUUCCCAAAUUUUGUAGAAGAAGAUCGUCGUGUAUUUGUAAGCGAUGAUGGAGCAUUAUAUUUUUCAGCUCUUGAAACAAUUGAUAGAGGAAAAUAUAGUUGUACAGUUCAAAGUAAAGUUUCAGAUACAGGAAGGAAUGGACCAUUUUUUGAUCUCCAAGUUCUCCCUCAUUCUAAUUAUCAAAUACUGCUAUUUCCAAAUACGUUCCCUAAGUCGUUUCCUGAAGCUCCUAUUGCUGGACAGCAAGUUAGAUUAGAAUGCAUGGCUUAUGGAUACCCGGUUCCGACUUAUAACUGGACAAGACUAAAUGGUGAUUUACCUAAAAAUGCUUAUUUCCAAAGUUAUAACAGAGUGUUGAUAAUUCCUAACAUCACAAUACAAGACAAAGGUACAUAUGAAUGUACAGUUAAAAAUGAUAGAGCAAAAUUGUCUAAAAAGUUAGAUCUGGUGGUGCAGAGUUACCCUGUAUUCAACAUACCGUUGGAAAACAUGAUCAUGGAUAUUAAGAGUGAAUUGAAUUGGUUAUGUGAAGUAAUUGCUUACCCAAAUGCCAACUAUACUUGGUAUAAAAAUGGACAACUACUAGAUAUGGAUACUCUACAUGAAUUGGACAGGGACAGAUAUCAUAUUCAGGAUAACAUAUUGAAUAUAAAAUACUUGGAUCCAACAAGAGAUAAUGGAAUGUAUCAGUGCAAAGCAACAAAUCAGUUAAAAGCAGUAUAUUCCAGUGCACAACUUAAAGUUAUAACUCUUAAGCCUACGUUUAAGAAACAUCCAAUGGAAAGCGAAACUUAUGCCACAGAGAAUGGAAAUACUACUAUAAAAUGCAAUCCUGAGGCAGCACCCAGGCCUAAGAUUAUCUGGAAGAAAGAUAACAUUGUAAUAGGCAGUGGUAAUAGAAGAGUAAUAUUGCCUAAUGGAAACUUAGUAAUUAGUCCAACCCAUAGGGAUGAUGAAGGAUUAUACACUUGUGUAGCACAAAAUCCUUAUGGUUCUGCUGAAAGCAGAGGAAGACUCAUUGUAUUGCGUGAACCUCAAUUUACUCUGAGAUUGCCUCAACAGUUAAGAACUCAAGUGAACAUGAACAUAAGUUUAUUGUGUGAGGUUUACUAUGAUGAUUUGCUCGACAUCGCUUUUAUUUGGACACACAACGGAAUACCGAUGCAAGAUUUUAUGUACAACGAGCGCAUAAUCAUUGAUGGUGGCAAUUUGACCCUGAUCAAUUUAACACUUCCUGAUAGUGGACAAUAUGAAUGCAUAGCCAAAUCUGCAGUUGGGCAAAUAUCAUCUAAAACUGUGCUAUAUAUUGAUGGCCCUCCAGGACCUCCUGGUGGAAUUAAAGUAGUGAAUAUAUUAAAGUCAUCUGCUUUACUUCAGUGGACAGAAGGAAACAGUAAUGGUCCUCCAAUACAGUAUUACAAUGUGUAUGGAAGAACUAAUUGGAAUGAAACAUGGCAAUUGAUAGCUGAAUAUAUCAAAGGAAAUGAGAUUGGUCGGUAUAAUGGUAGGAAAGAAGCAUCAGUAAAUGGCUUGACACCUUGGUCUGUGUACGAGUUUAAAGUUGUUGCCAUCAAUAGUCUUGGUCCAGGAACUGACAGUAAACCUAGUCCUUUGUAUAGCACAGAUAGUGACAAACCUUAUAUUGCACCAAGAAAUAUUGGUGGAGGCGGUGGAAAAAUUGGAGAUUUAACUAUCACGUGGGAUGCUUUGAAACCUCAAGAGCAGAAUGGUAAAGGUAUUCAUUAUAAAGUAUUUUGGAAAAGACAUGAAGGUGAAUCAGAAUUUCAAACAGAAGUACUGAAAAAGGCUGGCAAUAUUAAUUCAGCGGUAGUUAAUGUUCCAUCUAUGUAUUAUUAUACAAAAUAUGAUGUCAAAGUUCAGGCAAUCAACAACGUAGGAUUUGGGCCUGAGAGUGACGUUCAUACAAUUUAUUCUGCAGAAGAUAUGCCUCAAGUCGCUCCUCAACUGGUUGUUGCCAGAAGUUACAAUUCCACUGCUUUGAAUGUUACCUGGAAUCCUAUUAAUUUGUCCAGAGAGACAAUAAGAGGCAAAUUGAUUGGCCAUCGUCUUAAAUAUUGGAAAAAAGACAACAGAGAAGAAGACAGUGUUUAUUAUUUGAGCAGAUCUACACUAAAUCAUGCUUUAAUCGUUGGUCUAUCUCCAGAUACAUAUUAUUUUGUGAAGGUGAUAGCCUACAAUUCUGCCGGGGAAGGUCCUGAGAGUGAAAGAUAUUUGGAACGCACAUUCAGAAAAGCUCCUCAGAAUCCACCUUCAAGUGUACAUGUUUAUGGAGUCAAUCCAUCAACAGUUCGGGUUGUUUGGCGUUAUGUUGCUCCCAGUCAGGAGGAAGAGCCUCUUAUUGGAUAUAAGAUUCGAGUAUGGGAAACUGAUCAAGAUAUGUCCACAGCAAAUGAUACUGUUAUUUAUAUUGGUGAUAAACUGGAAUCAUAUGUGGAAGGAUUAACUCCGGGCAAGGCUUAUAAAAUGAGAGUCUUAGCUUUCAGUAAUGGUGGUGAUGGCAGAAUGUCCAGUCCUACUUUGAAUUUUCAAAUGGGUGAUGCUGCAGCAUUUAGAAGUUCAGCCAAUGGUUUUGAGUACUCAAACAUAAUGAUUCUGUUUAGUGCAAUUCUUAUUUCAGUCAGCAGAUUAUAAGGUCAUAAUUUUUUGUUAUAUUAACUAACUCAUGUUAUUAGGUUUUUACAAUUUCUAAUAGUUUUGAAUUAUG